AUGAUUAAUAGAAACGAUAGUCAACGGAGUAAUAGGCGCCCAUUUUCUUCAACAAAUCCCUUCAGAAAUGCUUUGAAUGACAGUAGUUUACAAGAGUACAACAAUGACAAACAAUUCAUGGAAUGGACAAAGAAUAAUGGUGUCCAGAGUCCACCGUAUCUAUCCAACAGUGGUUCGAGACAUAAUUCAAAUUUCAGUUUCGUUGAUUCAGUAGAGGAAGAAGGGCCAGAAGAUGAUGUUUAUGCACACAACGGGAGGGCUCAUUCACCAGUGGUGACUAGACUAUCCACCAGCCCUACACCAAUUGCAAGUAACAACCCAUUUUUAGGUGAUGUAGCAGGUGAGGGAAAAACUUUUUCUACUGAAAGUAGUAUAUCUCAAACUUCAGAUAACAGAAAUGCUUCUGUGAGAAGUGAUAGUACUAGAAAUUAUCCAACUGCAAGAGAGGAAAAAGAUAGGUUAAGACAAUCAUACAUGGAGACAUCAAACGUGAACAGACAAUCUGAAUCACAAGGUUAUAGAAAAAAAAGUAGUCCUGGCAAUUUUGCUCCACCUUCUUACGAAGAGGCAGCAGGGACCAAAACAUCACGUUCUCAAUACCCAAGAGAAAAAGAACAUAGAUCUCACCGUAGCAACUCUAGUCAUGGUCAUAGUAGCUCGGGCAAUCCUCAUCGUCGUAGUUAUUAUCCAGAUAGUGAUCAAAAAAGAGAAAGUGAUAGGGAACGUAGCAGGGACGAUAGUAGAGAUAGUAGAUACCGUCAUCAUAGCUCGAAAUCUUCGUCUUCUAAGAGCAAAAGAAAGAAUAAGGUGGUUAUACCUAAGAAUGUCGAUUCCAUUGAUAAAUUGGACGUAACUGGCUUGUUUGGUGGCUCGUUUCAUCAUGAUGGACCCUUUGAUGCCGUGACCCCACAUAGAAAUAAAAACAUGAAGGCUGCUCCUGUAAUGGCCUUCCCAGCUGAUGGUCCAAACAGCACUAUCGGUGGUGCCUCUUCGAAACCAUCGACAUUAAACGAAGUCUUUGGAAGAGAUGAAUACGCUGAUGAUAAUAAUGGUAUGGCUAGGUCAAAAGGUAAUGUUGACUAUAGGAGAUCUGUUUAUAUGGGUUCUCUACCAAGUAAUAGUUCCAGUACAUUAGAUGCAAUUAAGAACCACUCAGAUGUUAGCCAAUUUGAUCCAAAAACGCUAACAUCUAAAGUUUCGGGCCCAACCACCAUUGGACUUGGUUCCACCACUUUCUUGGACGGAGCCCCUGCAUCUAAGACCGCUAUUAGAGAUGAUGUUAUACAGCAUGCACAUCAAUCACGUGGAGUACAAAGACAUAAAUCAUUAUCUCAACGAUUUAAUAUCGGAAGAAGUAAUACAGAAAUCAGUCAUAGGCACGGAACAUCUAGUACGACCAACAAUAGUAGUCUUAAUGAUGACGAUAUUUAUUUGAGCCGUUCAAGUGAUAAAACGAGUAAGGGUAUUACAUUCGAUGAUAACGCCAAGAAAGAAUCAUCUGGUAACACAUUCUUAAGAAGAGUAAAGAGUUUAAAAGUAUCAAGAAAGUAA